GUUCAGUUUUCUUCAGAAAACUAUCACACAAAAAUAUAUAUCGAUAUAAAUAGUUAUGACGUUAGGAAACGCUGGACGAAUUGCUGUCUGUUGGGGAAUACUAACCGCUGCUGGAGUUUACGCUUUUGUGCUGUCUAAGCAAUCCGUUGAUAGCCGGCGUUACGAGAGCAUGCGAAUACGUGAACGCAUGAGAAAAGCGAAUCACGGCGACUACGACUCUUCCUCUUCCGACAGGCGUUUUGACUAAGUUCGAACACAUUUAGUUAACCAUCAAUUAAAAGCAGCACCACCCACCAUGGAUAUGUCCCAGAUCAGCCCGGCCGACCAGGCCAAAGUACAGCUCAUGCAA